AUGUCUUUGACGGAUCCUCGCUACCUAGAAGAGAUUGAGCGCGAGAAGUCUCUGAAGAUGGCAACCUGUCGAUGCUCAAACUGUGAUCCUCAGGCAGCAGCUCGACUCAUCCGGCUCCUUCCACAGACAAACUUAACCAGGCUAGAUCAACUGAUGUCCUCAAGUCCAACUGAUCCUGAGGACAUCUCGCUAUUUGAUAUUCCAAAAACCAGUUCUAAAAGAAAGAUUACGAGUAGUAUCCCGCUUGUAUGCAAGUCUAACGAUCCUAUACGGCUGAAUGUGCCAAUUAUCGACCUCGUUAUUUCUAAUGAUCAAGAGAUCCUGGACACACAGAUUAUCGAAGAAGAACAUCGAGAAGAGUUGCGAUUGAAAGCUGUGGAAAAAGAGAACAAAGCAAAGGAUAUUGCAAACCAAAAGCUUUUACGAAUAGAAAAAGCUGCCGAGGCAGCAAGUUCGAAAGAGAAGAAGAUCACUGAUAAGCAGAAAAAGGUUUCGGAUUCUUUGAAUUUAUAG